GCAGCUUCCAGGUGCUUCCAUGGCAUAUAAGGCACCUCAGUCCUUGAAAGCGUCCCAGACACAGGACGGCCUGUGGCUAGAAGAGAAGGUGAAGGAGCUGAGACAUGGAGAACAACCCAGCACCAACUGGCAGAACCCUGAUCAAUAAAGCAACCUUCAGGAGAAACUUCCGUAACAAAUGUGAGAACCAAACAUACCUGUGCUACGAGGUGGAGGUCUGGAAGGACGGUAAAUGGACCAAAGUGGAGGAGCUCCAGGGCUUCCUUCGCAACCAGAGUUGUGUCACCCUUGGGCGCAGCACAGGGGGAAGCCCAGAGUGGAAGCAUGUGGAGGUGCUGGUGCACAGGCGGGAGCUGGAGAUCAAUGGAAAAAAUCUCCCCAGGGUGCUGACACACACAGGGAACCUGGUCAUGCAGAGUUGUGCUUCCUGGAUCGGGUCCGUUCUUGGCACCUGGAUGAGGGGAGGCAGUACAGACUCACCUGCUACAUCUCCUGGACCCCCGGCCCUGACUGUGCCCAGAAACUGGUGGAAUUCCUGGGCGAGAACAGACACGUGAGCCUGCGCAUCUUCGCUGCUGGCAUCCAUACCAAAUACCGUGGACAUGAGGAUGGGCUACGCCAGCUGUGGGACGCUGGGGCCCAAAUCGCCAUCAUGACCCUCAAUGAGCUCCAGCACUGCUGGGAAACCUUCGUGGACAACCAGGGCCAGCCAUUCGAGCCCUGGCCUAUCCAGGUAGAACACAUACAAACCGAAUCUCAGAAGCUGAAGGACAUUCUCAGGUCGGGGGUCUUCUGGUGAACGACGCAUAGAACACUUUCUUCAAGAAAUGAAAACGCAUCACGUGCUGCCAUCUCCAACUUGAUCCACAGAAACCAGCAAAAGGCAGCGAAUGGGCUCAGAAGGAAUUUUUUAAAAAUCUGAUUGAUUUACUUUUCAUUUAAAAUCAGUGAUAUGUUAUAAAUACACCCCAGUAACAUUCUAUUCAUUACUAUCAGUAUCAUUUUUUACUUUGAGGGAAAUGAUUGUUUUUUAUUGAUUAUAAAACUAAAACAAUAAAAUGAAAGAUUAAGAAUCUCCAUAAAA